ACGGGUCUCCCUCUGUGGAUGCUUGGUCUGGGUGCGGACCUCUUGUGGGCCGACAUGAACCGCCUCCUCGCCUUCCUCUUCCAUCAGGGAGUGUUGGAUGAACAAUUCUUGCAGCUUCAGCAGCUGCAGGAUGAGACCUCCCCAAACUUCGUUUCCGAGGUUGUCAACAUUUAUUUUCACGAGUCCGAGAAGCUUCUCAGGAAUCUCAGAGCUUUGCUGAUGGAGAGGGAGUUUUCGGACUAUAAUAAAAUGGGGAUCCAUUUGAAUCAGUUCAUGGGUAGCAGUUCCAGCAUUGGCGCCAAGAGAGUUAGAAACGUUUGCGUUGCCUUUCGUGCCGCUACUGAACAAAACAACCGUGCUGGUUGCUUGCGAGCGUUGGAGAUGCUGGAGCAUGAAUAUUGCUAUCUCAAGAACAAAUUGCACGAAUUAUUCCAAAUUGAGCAGCAACGUGCUUUGGCUGCAGGAGUGAGGUACCCAUUGCAGAAUUAA